CCCCUCGGGCCCUAAGUGAGCCGCGGCGGCGCUCGGCCUGUCGUCGGAGAGCGGCGGUGGGACGGCGGAGGGCUGGGCGGCCGCCCGCCCGCUUGGCCACUCCCCCACCCGCCCCCCGUUCGUUGUUCUCCCCGGACGGGCCGGUGAGCGCCGGGGUGGACUGCCGGCGGGGACGGAUCCCAAAGAUGGAAAGUCCAAGUACCACCGUCAAGAAGGUUUUAAAAGCCAAAAAGACAAUGCCUCCACGUUGCCGGAAACAAGCAAAGUUACUAAAAUCGCUUUCCUCUGCACCGGAAGUUCCUAAACAAGGUGAUGUGCAAAGUAAUAAAAAGCCAUUAGAGUCUGAGGGCCAAAGCAGCCACCCUAAAAAUGUGGACAUUGAAAGUUCAGGAUCCGACUGCAAGGUCACUUCAGCACUCCCUAAAAGAGAUGAACUGCUCUCUCCAUCCUGCGAGGCAACAACAGAAGCACUUGAUAAUGACUCGGUGGCAGAAAAGAGAGUCUUGAAUGAACAGUUUCUGGGCCAGCUCAACAGGUCAGAUGAAGCACAAGAACCUUGUGGCAAGCUCUCCACAAGAGAUGCAGAUGAGACACCAUGCACCCCAUUACCAAAUCUUGAAUGUGAAGCUCUUAAAAAAAAGCCAUCUAAGAAAACUGAAGCGGCUCCAAGUCCGGGGUCAAAAGAGGGCUCGGUUGGUGUGCCGGAUAAUUUAGGCAAAGUGAGAGAAUGCCCUCCGGUCAGCCAGUCGGAGACUACUUGUAGCAAGAGACGGGAUGAAAAAGAGAAUAAUGGGGUGAUUCCCCAGGAAGAGAAUAUGACCCCAGUUGCAGAAGCCUAUGCUGUAAGAUCAAGCGAAGCCACGUUAAACACAAAUCCAGGUCCACAAGAGGUGACAGACAAGAAGCCUGCUAGGUUAGUGAGUCCAGUUAGAUCCAGUGAAUCCAGUGGUGCUGUGAAGACAGAAGAGGCCGGUAGAAGUGAUGUCGAUAGUUCAGAAUGUGCAAGUGUAGUCUCACUGCAGAAGUCAGCAGCUUAUGCUCACAGCAGUACUGCAAAGAAGAGAGUGCUUUCAGGAAACAGAGAAAAUAAUAUUAAGCGUGCAAAACCAUCAGAGGAAGUGGAAGAGAACAAGCCCGGAGUUCUAGAAAGAGGAAGAGUCUUGGAACAGAUCAAAAACUUGAUCCAAAAGGAGGUCUGUAUUGUUAACCAUGAAAUAUUUGAUCAUAAACUGAAAGAAUUAAGUGAACGAGUUGGAAAAACACAGUGCAGGAGUAAACAUGAGGCCAUCGCUGUUGAACUCCUUUCAAAAAUAUCAAGGCUUGAUAGACGUAUGAAAGAUGCAUUAGCUGCCCAGAAGGCUAUGUUAGAAGCAAGCAAACUACCUCAAGAUACAUCUCCCAAGGCUGCAACUUCUGAGUCUGUAAUUCUAAAUAAGCAAGACUCUCGAAAAUACAGAAAAUGGGAAAGAGAACAGUGUUUGAACCAGGGGCCAUCUAAACAUUUGAAAGAUACUCAAAAAAACGAGCCUAUAAAAAUAAGCACUUUACCUGGAGCUAAAAUAAAAGUUAAGGCAAGAGAAAAAGAAAAUAAGCCCAAACCUCUAGCUAAGGAAAAGUCCAGUUGCAAAACAGGAAAUACAGUAAAAAUCCAGGAAUCCACUGUGACCUCCAACUUCAAUUCAAAGCAGACAAACUUCACCUCAAUCACUUCCAAACAAAUGGCACAGAAUUCAGGACAGCCUGUGGAUCAAUACGCACAUCUUCCACCACUACCUGAGCCACCAUCACAUUUCAAGCUAGAGAGCAGAGUGAUGGGCACUUUCCCACCUCAGAAGCCUGAACUAAAACUAAAACGAGUGUAUAAGCCACAAGGCGUUGCCCUGUCGUGGAACAUUUGUAAGAUCGAUCCCAAGUGUGCUCCCGUGGAAAGUUAUCACCUCUUCAUUUGCCAGGAAAACACCGCUGGCAAUUGCCCAUCCGUUUGGAGGAAAAUAGGAGAAAUUAAAGCCCUACCUCUCCCCAUGGCCUGCACUUUAUCUCACUUUUCCUUUUCUGGCACCUGCUAUUUUGCUGUCCAGUCCAAGGACAUCUAUGGGCGUUACGGCCCAUUUUGCGAUAUAAAGUCCAUCCCUGGAUCUUCUGAAGAACCCAAUGGUACCUCCCCAGGUCCUCUGUAACCGGAUGCCAAAAUGUUGUUCUGCUUCCAUGUUUGAAAGAUGUUUGUUUUUAAUGUGUAAUAAAUGUAGAGCCAAAGAAGGUUGUAUCCAGUCUAACUGGCCAA